AUGCGAGAUAUAUUAAGAUUUGAUAAUCCAUCAACCAACUUUCCAUUUGGUGGGAAAACAGUUGUUCUUGGAGGUGAUUUUAGACAAAUCUUACCGGUGAUACCAAAGGGUACCAUGCAAGAUAUUGUUGGUUCAAGUAUUAACUCUUCUUAUUUAUGGAGUCAUUGUAAGGUAUUGAGGUUGACUCAAAAUUUGAGGUUGCAAAGUGUGGGCUCUACUGUAGAAAGGAUAAACCUUGCUGCUUUUGCUAAUUGGAUUGCGGCAAUAGGUGAUGGUCAGGUUGGUGGUCCAAAUGAUGGUCAUGCGAAAGUUGAAAUCCCUCAAGAACAUGUGUUAAAGACAAAUAGUGAUCCAAUUCGUGCUAUUGUUGAGAAUACAUUUCCUAGGUUUUCUGAGCAUCAACAUGAUGGCAAUUAUCUAAUCGGAAGAGCAAUUUUAGCACUGACACUUGAAGUUGUCGAUGAAGUGAACGAGUAUAUGAGAAAUAUGAAUGCUGCAGAAUCUCAAACAUAUUUUAGCUCUGACUCAGUUUGUCCGGUGGAAAUCACUCCUGAUUCAGUUGCCGCUCUUCACACCCCAGAGUUCUUAAACAGGUUAAAGUACUAUAGUGUGCCUAACCAUUCAUUGACUUUAAAAGUUGGGUCUCCAAUUAUGUUACUGCGAAAUAUAGAUCAUUCCGAUGGUUUGUGCAAUGGGACAAGGUUAAUCAUUUCUAAACUAGGAGACCACGUUGUCGAAGCUAAAAUUCUAUUCGGAAGUAAUGCAGGAACAAAGGUGUUGAUUCCUAGAUUGUCAUUGACUCCAUCAGAUCCAAAGUUACCAUUUAAAUUUCAGCGGAGACAAUUCCCCUUGAUGUUGUCAUAUGCUAUGACAAUUAACAAGAGUCAAGGUCAAACAUUUUCUACAGUUGGCCUAUUACUAAAAAAACCUAUUUUUGUUCAUGGACAACUUUAUGUAGCGUUGUCAAGAAUUAGCAAUCCAAAUGGUCUUAAGUUACUUAUUUACAAUGACAAUGGAGAAUAUGUUUCUUCAACAUCAAAUGUUGUAUAUAAAGAGGUAUUUAAUAAUAUAUAA